UUUUCAAGUCGGAUGAUCUUUUACGUAAAGUGACAUAGUUUGUUUUGGCCGGGAAUUUGUCGUCGGAAAUGCAGCGGAUAUGCCGGUUUUGUUCCUGUUUCGGUCGCUGUUAGUAACCACAGUGACAUGACAUGAGUCUAGCGAGUUUCCAGACUGUAUAGGAACUUAAUCAUUACUUCUCAAAGUGUUUUAGAAUGCGGUAUAUUUGGUGGUUAGUGGUGUUGUUGUGUGGGGUGGGGGGCAGUGAGGGGUAUGGAAACGGAGCUCCGUUGGAAGCCUGUGUUACUAUGAUGCCAGGACACUUCGGUACCAGCGCACAGACUAGCCCCAACCCUUACAGCCUCGUAGCACCGGCACAAUACGUACCUGGGCAAAGUUUAACAGUCCAAAUCACAGGAGCGGACUUUCAGGGAUUCCUUAUUCAGGCUCGUAAAGUCGGAACCACCACUUCCAUCGGCGUCUUCACGAGUCUUCCGAGCACGGUGAGAACCAACGAUUGUCCGAACACCGUGGCGAGAGGCGCAAAUUCCGCCACGCACAACAGUCAAGCCGUGAAGCGGGACUUAACUCUGACAUGGACACCCCCUUCUGAUGCAGGACAUGGCACAGUCGAGUUUGUAGCUACUGUUGCUGAGCAGAAGACAGUGUACUGGACAGGCCUGAAGUCUUCACAGCUUACAGAGGCUAGUGCAGCAACCACACAGCGGGCUACAACCCCACAGAGGACAACCCCCCGACCUACAACCAAACAAGCUACAACAGAAGCAGCUGUUGAGAAAGUCCUGUUGGGGACAGUUAGUGGUUGGACGUUCUACAAAGUUCAGGCAUCUGGCCCCAUGGUCAAUGCCAACGUGAAGGCAGCCUGCGAAAGUGUCGGCUUGAGCCUACCCUGCUACAUCAACCGGGACUCGUGCGCUGAGACGCCAUAUUGGACCAGCGACUGCAUCAUCAUCGGAAAUGUUAAUUCGACCUGCAAACAAACCCAGAGACUGGUUUCAGAGGCGAUAUGCAGCGGGAGCGGCCCCGCAAGCUGCGACGCGAUGAACAACGUUUUUGCGUACAUGCCGGGAUGGCAGGCCGACAACAGUGCGUGCGGAGUUGCAACAUCGACAAACACAUGGUGUACCCGAGGCACGAGCUACUUCAACUUGUAUGCCUUCUGUGCAGUUGAGUCACCUGUGGUGUCUACAAUGCCAAUCCAGACAACAAAAGGAACAGGGAAUGUUGGAUCAGCUGUUGUCAUGACCUCAAACCUCCUGUUGGCCGUACUCCCAGCAUGCAUCACCCGGAUGUUGAUCCAAUGAAAGACUUCAGGAAACUACUACUUCAAAAAUAACUUGAUUGAAAUGUACUGAAUUUAGAGUCACAAGGACUUAAUUCACAAUAGCAGUGCUCAAAAUACACAAUUUGCCUGUUGAAACUUAUGGGUUUUUGGUUAGAUUAAAAUAGUGGAGAUUAUUCUCACUGGAAGAGUGUUGCUGAAAUGCCAUCACUUCAUAAGACAUAAACACAGUAUCUAUUAGUUAAGCAGGCAGAGCUUAAACCAAAAUAUUUAGCUAAUAUAUCAUAGUUUUAUUUAGUUUUUCUAUGAAAGUUCAUUUAGUAUAUCACUAGAGUUUAUAUAUUUAGUCCUGUGAACAGUUAUAUCAGGUUAGCAAGUAGAGUUUUUCAAACAUGAUGCACAGCUAAUUUCCUCACUGACUGCUUAAUGCUGCCUUUGAUAGUGUAUAAUGUACGUAUGCUCAUUUGGGAGGGGGGAUAGUAAUGAUGACACAAGUGGCUGCAAUUUCUUACAGCUGCCUCUGAGAGAUUUAUUACCAAAGAACAACACUAAGGAAACAGGGUGAGUCAAAGACAUUUUUAUGUUUCCUAUUGUAAAUCAAGAUAAAUGUCCAAAGCCAUUUUUGUAAAGUUUAUUUUAACAAUUUCUACUAUGCAACUGUUGCAAGUGCAUCAAACAUCUUGCCAUUAUCUGUAAGUGUAUUUUAGCAUUAAUUGGUUGUGCUAUGAAGAAAUGAUGGAAACGUUAGUAAUUACAAAUGAUAUCUUAUGGCUUAUGAUGAAAGGAAAAAGGUGUUAUGAAACUGACAAUCUGAAUAUCGUCAAACAAAUGGUUGUUGGCAAUAUUUUAUUGCUUUGUAUGUUCCUUAUUUGAUGUGUUCAUGGAGGUGCAGUUCUAGGUAAAGAUGAUAGGGGGUGUUGCUGAGUUGAAAAAUUGGAUGACUUCAUUAUGUGACUAUGAUGGGUCAUUUGCUGGAUUUAAGUUUGUAUAUGAAUAUGUACAUAGAGAGUUAUUUGGAAUCAUAAUCACUAUUUUGCUGUAAAGAGAUAUUUACCCCACAUUGCCGCAAUUUUGCCUCAAAGAGAUAUUUACCUCCAAAAUGAUAUAAACUGUUUACUAUGCACAAAGAGAGAUGAUGUAUAUCCAUAUAUUUUCUGCUGUAGACCUCAUUAGCAAAGCAUCAAUGUAUCUUUAGAAAGUUAUAUUUAAUUAUUUGUACUUGCCAAUAUUGCAUUGUGUAUAUGAUUCUGUCCAUUGGAAGUUGUAUUUGGUUUGAGUUGGAAUAAAAUCACAAUGGCA